CUGCAAAGACUGAUUCUCAAAUAGCGAGAACUUAGGUAUUAGAAAGAGUUCCAUAACGGAUUGUCAUUUACAGCUAAAAGGUGAGACGCAUUCGACGCGCUUUCAUGGAAAUACCGCAGAACAUAUCUUGGAGAACAAAUCAGCCAUCUGGCGUAAUUUUACAAUCGGCGUUCAAGUGUCGUUCAUGUUGAUACCGGAAUACCUCAGGGACGGCGGAGCAAGGGGCUGGGGUAAGAGAGGCUUUCAAGGACACAUUUUAUUUUGUUUUAGUUUGAGUAUUAACAUCUCCAAGAUAUAUGAUUGAAAAACAAGCCUCGGAGAAAAUUGUCUAUUCCAAAAGACAGUCGAAUCUUGACUGCUUACGUCUGUUGAUUUGUCUGACGUAAGUUCUUUCUUUAUCAUCGGCUUACAACUUUAAAACCCAUACCUCAAGCACAGGAUACCUUUUGUCGAUGUUCACCACUUUUGGGAGGAAAGGUAACGUUUUAGGCAGAAUGUUGAAUCAGCAAAAGAAUCGCUGCCCGAAAUAGGGAGAAACUGUCCCGCUAAAGAAUUGCAACACGUUCAAUUUGUUUGGAAUAGAGGGUCCUAUCUUUUGUGAGUGAGUUGAUAUCAUGAAAGAGUCAUUUUGUAACGAUUCUUUGGAAUAUUUUCCCACAUACACGGAACUUAAAGAUCUUCGUUCGACUUUUAUCGCCAACUGCAUUUUUAACAAUUUUAUAGCUCACACCUCCAUCAUGUUGAAUAUUGUGACAAUUUACGCUAUCCACAAAACUUCGGCAAUAGCAAAAACUUUGAAAACUCUGCUGCUGAGUCUUGCCUGCUCUGAUGUUGCUGUUGGUUUGUUUAUCCUACCAUUAUCCACCUUUUUUUUGGUCAAGUGGUUACAACUGGACAAUCCUAACUGUAAUAUUUAUCAAGUGCUGAAUAUUUCAGGUUAUUUAUUCUUAACUGCUUCGUUCUUUGGUGUUGUGGCUGUAAGUGUAGACAGGUUCUUAGCUGUUCAUCUUCAUCUCAGAUAUCAAGAGCUUGUGACUCACAGGCGUGUUGUUGUUGUGGUGAUCGGCAAAUGGCUUUGCAGUGCAUUUUUUUCUUUGAUAACAUUGUGGGGGUUAGCUGGUGCUAAGGAGAUUAUAGAUUCAGUUAUUGUAGCUUUCGGUUUCAUUGUCACAUUUGUGGUGUACAUCAGGAUAUAUUUAACUGUACGACGGCACAAGAAACAGAUUCACUCUAUGCAAGUACAAGAAGUAGCUCAUUCUGAUGAAUUAAAAAACUUUAUGGUUCUCAUGAAAUCCACAGUUAGCAUAUUCUACGUAUAUCUCGUGUUGUUAAUUUGUUAUUUGCCUUUUUGUAUUUGCUCGGCUGUUAUUCGAAUCUAUGCCUCGAGUAUCGCUUCAAAACAUUUUUUUCUUUACUCAAUAUCUCUUGUGUUUCUUAAUUCAUCUUUGAACCCUGUCAUUUACUGCUGGAGGAUGAGACAUGUUCGACGCACUAUCAUGGACAUACUACGGAAGAUUCCUUGGAACAGCGAUCGGCCAUUACGAAUAAACUACAAUCGAUCAUCGAGUGUCGUCCAAGUUGAUAACUGAUCCACUCUGUGCGUCUAAAAAGGACUGUGUACGAUUUGUUUACGAUAAAGGAAAUGGAGAGAAAGACCAUUGUUCAUAAACUUAGUGAUAUGACUGACUCAGCCAAAUAAUUGUAUAUCCAGUCGAAUUUUAAAUAUACACACUACAUCAAAUUAUCACAAGUGGAAAGAAAGAGCCGCAUUAGACAGGAAGCUGGUUUAAUUAUCGAUGUGUUUCAGCUAAUCCCUAAAUUAAA